GAUUUAGCCGCGUGGUGUCACUUCUGGAGUUUGGGGAAAAAAUGACAAGACAAACACGAUGCGACGACGACGACGUCUUCCGACCGCGAAUUCUUCUAGAUCCAUUUCUUUCGACGGAGCGACUAUCCCAGCAUCGUCUUUUGUUUUUCUAAUCCGUUCGGCCACGGCCAUUCUCUCACUUAUGAACCGACCACAUUGAGCCUCCCUUUCUGUCGCCCAAGGGCACCCGUUGAAAACCCAGUUCACUGUUUCCCGAUCGUUUAGUUUCGUUGCUUUUCUCGACCCCGUUACACUCUUUUUUCGACGCACAUACACCACCGAAUUAAUAUAUAACACCAUGGGCAAUUGCGCUUCUUGCCUGGGGAGCAGGCGACGAGAUGAUUAUGAUGAGGACGACGAGGCGCAGCAUCUCUUUGACGACCCGCACAACCUCCAAUACGGCAGUUUUGAACAGCAACAGAUGAUGGGCCCCGAGGAUCCACAGGAGGUUCAAAGAGAGAUCGAGGCUCUGCAGAGGGUGGUUGCGCGCACGUCAGACAACAUGGUCGACAUCUACGACAUUGCACCAAGCAACCACCGGCCGGCGUCGCCUUUUGCUGCUCCAGACAGUCCCGAGAUGCAAUACGCAUAUCCCGCCGCUGCCCCCGACGCCAACCUGGUCCGCUAUCACAACCUCCUCUCCAAACUCUCGUCACACGACGACCUGGCUGCUGUGGCACGAGUUGAUUGGGGCACCCCCGACGACGACACCAUCGAGAUGCAGCAAAACGCUGUUAUACCCAUCAAGCUCGAAGGAGCCACGGAAUCUCUUGUUGGCGACUUUGCUGAUGCUGCAGCUGCAAUGCGCUGA